AUGGCGAUCGAAAACUUACAGUCAGAAUGGACAGAGUGGACCAAUAACUACGACCUCACUCUAGAUUCACUAGAAAUGUAUAGGUCGCCAAAGUUUUUAUUCUAUGACCCUCAUAAGCCUCAGUGGAAUUUGGAGCGCCUCAUCCUUCACGAAGUCUUUUACCAGGUCAGCAACAAAGACCCCAUCUCUAAGUUUAUAGCAAAUUGCAAAGUCACAAUCUUACUUGUGGUCACCUAUGCGCAGUAUGGAAAAAUCUUAUUAGUUUGGAAAGAGAAUUUAAAGGGUGGGGUUGAGAGUGGUGAUUGUCUGCCUGACGAUUCAGACAUCAGUGUGAUGGAGAAGGUUUUCUGUGCUGCAACCUGUCCAAAGAAGAGGGCCAAGAAGGCUGAUGAAGAUACUAUAAGUAAUGCAGUAUUGCCAAAACGUGCACAGUCAUCACAGGUGGGUGGGGUUGUUGGCAAUGACAAUGAUGAAGACAGAAGUGAGGAUGAGGAGGACUUUCAUGUACCUAAUGAGGAGGAGCUCAGGGAUGUACACUCUAUUCCCAGUACCUACGGCUACAUUGAAUUCACUCCUCAAGACGCCCUUGCCUUUCAACCAAGUCAAUGCUUGGACCCCCCGGAAGCUUCAAAACCUGUCACCCUGUCUUCGUCAACAAGCUCUUUCCUACCCCCACUUUCCCUAUUCAGACCAUCAUCUUCCUACAUGGAGGAGAUAUUGUCACUAAACUGUGGUACUACCAGCUUCGACCUAGAAGCGGCUGGCUAUCAAAGGUCGAAGAAGCCGCCACAUUGUCCAAUCAGAGAGAAAGAACUAACUGCAAAGGUAUCGAGAACGCUUGGCCAGCGUAUCCCUGACAUUGUCCCUGAGUGUCAACGUACAGGCGUCUUUGAUAAGAAGAGACCGUUCGUGGCAUUUAUCCUUGAGAGAGCAACGUUUUAA